AGUGUACAUGUUCUCAAGAUAAACUUAUCAGAUAUCAAGUGUACAAUUUAAGAAGUUUGACUAUCAGAUAAAUAUUAUAGAUACUCUAAUGAAUCAUAAAGUGGACACCGCGAAUUAAUACUUAGCAAAAUGUCGAGAUAUCCGAUCUAUCUAACAUCUGAACAAGAGGAGGAGUUGAGAAAGGUUGCCAAUGCCAUCGUGGCUCCUGGCAAAGGAAUUUUAGCUGCCGAUGAACCGCCUGGAACAAUGGCGCAGCGGUUUGCCUGUAUCGGUGUUGAAAGUACAGAAGAGAACCGACGACGUUACAGAGAGAUGUUGUUUACGACGGACGCCGCAAUCUCUGAAAACAUCAGCGGCGUCAUAUUUCACCAUGAAACAUUGUAUCAGAAAACUAAGGACGGGGUACCUUUUGUAAAGUUAUUGGCAGACAAAAACAUCAUCCCAGGUAUAAAAGUGGACAAGGGUUUUGCAGAUCUAGCUGGUACUGAUGGUGAAACUACGACUCAAGGUCUGGAUGGUCUAGCUGAAAGAUGUGCUCAGUAUAAGAAGGACGGAGCACAAUUUGCCAAAUGGAGAUGUGCUCUAAAAAUAGGUCCUCACACGCCAUCACACCUGGCCAUGAUGGAAAAUGCCAACGUUCUUGCAAGAUAUGCGAGUAUCUGCCAACAGAAUGGUUUGGUACCCAUUGUUGAGCCGGAAGUAUUAUAUAAUGGGGACCAUGAUCUUCAAACUGCGCAGAAAGUAACGGAACAGGUUUUGGCAUACCAGUAUAAAGCGUUGAGUGACCAUCAUGUUUUCUUGGAAGGAACCUUACUUAAACCGAACAUGGUCACCUCUGGACAGAGCUGUUCUGACAAAUCAACACCAGAACAAAACGCAAGGGCAACUGUCCAAGCAUUUAGCAGAACUAUACCGGCCGCAAUGCCAGGUGUUGUUUUCCUCUCUGGUGGACAGUCCGAAGAAGAAUCGACAUUGAACCUCAAUGCAAUUAACCAAUGUCCUGGCAAGAAAUCGUGGGCGUUAUCGUUCUCCUUUGGACGAGCUCUACAGGCUACCGUUAUCAGGGCAUGGAAAGGGGACGAUGCCAAUAUUGAGCAAGCACAAAAAAUGUUUCUUGCGAGGGCAAAGGCAAAUGGUUUGGCAUCUUUAGGAAAGUACAAACCUGUGACCUUGUCGAGUACCGAGAAAGAAUCGCUCUUUGUAGCCAAAAACGAGUACUGAACAAUAAGAAUAGAUGAAGAGGUGCUUUCUAACUUAAAUUGGAACCAACAUAACAACCAAAGAAUCUUCUCAUGCCUGGCUUUUUCAGCAGAAGCAAAUUUGGCCUUUUUAACAGAAACAAAUUUGGAAGAAGUAACAUCUAUCAAUGUGUUUUAGGACAUUUUAAUAAGACAUUUUGUUCUUACAUCUAUAAUCAAUAUGAAAUUGUUUACAAAUAUAAAGCAAUGAGAAGAA